AUGGCGAUGAGACCAUUGAAUGAUCGUGAGUUGGAAGAAAUAGUAAAUGCCUCACCAGAUGAAGGAUCACUUUCUGAGUUUGAAGAUCACAUCAGCAAUGCAUCUGAAAGCGAGUGUUCCGAUGACAGUUACGACAGUCCACAGCCCAUACAAAAUAGUGUAGAGACUUUUCUUUCUAAAAAUGGGAAUAUAGAAUGGCAGUUGCAUCCACCAGCACAACAUGGUCGCCUACCAGCUUCGAACAUCAUCAAGAGUACCCCAGGAGUUACCAGGUAUGCAGUCAGCAGAAUAUCUGAUGUAAAAUGUUCAUUUGAAGCAGUAUUUCACACAGCGCUUCAAAAUGAAAUAAUAGAGAUGACAAAUAUUGAAGGGCAGCGAGUUUAUGGUGAACAGUGGACAGAUAUUGAUGGUUCUGUUUUCCAUGCAUACUUAGGACUCUUACUCCUAGCGGGUGUAUAUCGAUCUCAUGGGGAGUCUACAAAAAGUUUGUGGGAUAAAGAUACUGGGCGAAACAUAUUUCGAGCAACCAUGUCUCAUGAAACAUUCUGUAAGAUAUCACGUGUCCUGCGAUUUGACAAGAAAUCUACUAGAGAGGAAAGACGACGUACUGACAAACUUGCCGCAAUUCGUAGUAUUUGGGAGAAGUGGGUAGAGGUCCUUCCUAAACUGUAUAAUCCAGGAGAAAAUGUUACUGUUGACGAGCAGUUAGUAGCAUUUAGAGGUCGCUGUCCAUUCAAGCAGUAUAUCCCAAGUAAACCGGCAAAAUAUGGGAUCAAAAUAUGGACCAUGUGUGACAGCAAAACUUCAUACGUACUGAAAGCCCAAAUUUAUACAGGAAAGGUGAGUGGAGCGGCACCAGAAAGAAAUCAGGGAAUGAGGGUGGUAUCUGAUCUCACUUCUGAGUUACGUGGUCAGAAUAUCACGUGUGACAACUUUUUUACGUCGUACAAUUUGGGGCAGCUGCUUCUGAAAAGGAAAUUGACUAUGUUGGGAACUAUACGGAAAAAUAAGCCGGAGCUUCCACACAAAAUGACCAACAAGGAGGUACACAGCUCUUCAUUUUACUUCACAAAUGACACUACUGUGGUUAAUUAUAUUCCUAAGAGACACAAGAAUGUUGUACUUAUGAGCACUCUCCACCAUGAUGCGGAAAUCAGUGACAGGGCUGAUAAGAAGCCAAAAAUGAUUUUGGACUAUAAUUCAACCAAAGGUGCUGUAGACACGCUUGAUCAGUUAUUAGGUACAUAUACAUGCAAACGAAAAAGUAAUAGGUGGCCAAUGAUAGUUUUCUACAAUAUUCUUGAUGUUUCUGCUUAUAAUGCAUACGUUUUGUGGAUUUCGGUUGACCCUAAUUGGAAUGCAAGCAAAUUGACUAGAAGGAGAAUAUUCUUGGAGGAACUUGGAAAGUCACUGAUAAAAGAACAUAUUGCAUCAAGAACGCAUUUCCCAAGAACAGAAGAUUCUUUGAGAAUGGUCACAAGCAUCCAAAACCCGAAUGAUGUGGGUGGUGUGUCAGAAUCGGUAACAACAAGAAAAUCUACAAAACGUGCACGCUGUAAGUUCUGUCCAUCAAGUAAUGACAAUAAAACAAACAUGGUGUGUGGAAAAUGUAGUAAACAUAUUUGCAAGAAACAUGUAACCUACUUGUGUCCACAGUGCAAGCAGUACUGGAAUAGAACAACAAUGUCGAUAGCUAAAACUGUACCAAAAUUUAUGUUUCUAAAGCAUUUUGAUAUGUCGGGUCAUAUUGACCCGAACAGUAUAUAUGUCAAUGACUGCAUCAUUCCAACUUACUCUCAACAAUCACCUAAAGCUCCAUGCGUUCACAACAAUGGGCUUGUUUGUUGCUUUCCCCAGGAAAUAAUAAUUGGCAGUUCUCAAUAA